UCUCUCUCUUGAAACCCUCGGUCUCUGUCUCACCAUACAACCCAUCGAUUGCUUCUCUCCUGCGGCAAACCCUUCUUUGCUUUGUGUGUCCCGCCGAGCAGUGUUGCGAGUCCACUAGACGCGUCGCUGAAUGGUGCAACAGAAGAGACAACAGUUAAACAACUUUUUGGGGAGAACUGUGAUGCCUUUGAACCGCACUGUUUCAACAAGGAACUUGCACAAGAGUGAUCUGGGAGGAGUGAUCUUCGGCUGUAAACACAAAACGAUGGAGGAGUGCCUGUCAAAGAAGAUAUUUGGUUUACCCUCAACACACUUCGUCUAUGUCAGAAAUAUUGAAGAAGGUCUACCCCUGUUUCUGUUUAAUUAUAGUGACAGGAAGUUACAUGGCAUCUUUGAGGCCGCAAGUCAUGGUCAGUUGAACACCAACUCAUAUGCAUGGACUGACGGUAGCACUAAAAGGACUCCAUAUCCUGCACAGGUUUCAAUUCGUAUCAAGACAAAUUGCGCACCACUUACUGAGAAUCAGUUCAAAAAGAUAAUAGAAGAUAAUUACUAUAAUCCACAACACUUCUGGUUUGAGCUUGACCAUGCACAGACAAGUGCUUUAAUUGCACAUUUUGUACCUUUACCUUCACAUACCAACACCAGAGCAGAUCAUCUUGCUUUACCAGCACCAACAACCACCUUUUCAAAGGCAACUAGCAGCAGUAGAUGCACAUAUGCUGAGGCAUGUGUACCAAAAAAAGAUUUUUAUAUGCCUGUUAAUUUGGUUGAUAAGAACAACUUUCUGUCACUUUCUUGUGGUGAUGAAGAUAACAACCAUGGUGUUUCAAGUAAAACAUCAUGUAGUGCCAUUGAAGAUAUGGAAAAUGUGGAGACAGUGUCAGAUUGGGAAGAAUGGGCAGUGGAAAAUAUGCAAGUAAUGAAUGUAAAUGCAAGCAUUUGUAUGGAUUCAGAGCACAAGUUGCAGCAACAUGAGGUUGGCAAUGAGGCAUCUGAACCCCAGGUUGAAACAGUUUUACUUAAGCUUAGAAGGAUGGCUGCUGAUUCUCAGUGCUCAACUCAGUCUGCCAAUGAUUGCAGAGACAAUAUUAUCUCUGGUGAAAUGGAAGAGUAUGCUGAACAGGUUUUAGGGAGGUACACUGCUUCUGCCGAGAAGGAAGAUGAUGAGACUAUCCCCAAGCCAUUUCAUGAAAAUAAUGAGUUGACACAAGUCGUCUGUGAGUUGAAAGCAUGGGCAGAAAAUUUAGAGAAGAAGCAGGUUGAAUCAGACAGAGAAAUGCAGCGAUUAAGGGAUCUGGUUGUGGACUCUCGAAGAAGAAUGCGACAAUUGAACAAUCGUGUCAAGGAGCUAGAAUCAAAGAUAGGUCCUCCUGAAGGUCUUGAUGAUUCAAUGAACAAAUUUGUUGAGGAAUGUUUGGGUUCAGAGGAUGUGAUUUAUAUCAUUGGAGGUUUCAAUGGCUUCUCCUGUCUGUCAGCAUUAGACUCUUUUUCACCAUCAUUGGAUUCAUUAACUUCUCUCAAGUGUAUGAACUAUGCUCGUUCUUAUGCAUCUGCUGUUGCAUUAGAUAGCAACAUCUAUGUUUUCGGUGGUGGUGAUGGCACUUCUUGGUAUGACACAGUUGAGUGCUACAAUCCAAGGAAUGAUGAAUGGGUCUUAUGUCCCCCUUUAAUUCAUAAGAAAGGAAGUCUAGCUAAUUCUACGUUGAACGGCAAGAUAUAUGCCAUUGGUGGAGGAAAUGGAGUUCAGUGUUUCUCCAAUGUUGAGAUGUUUGAUCCAGCACUGGGAAGGUGGAUCAACAGCCAAUCAAUGCUUAUGAAGCGGUUUGCUCCUGCGGCAAAAGAACUCCAAGGUGUCAUUUAUGCCUGUGGUGGCUACAGUGGACAUGAAUACUUGAAGUCAGCUGAAAGAUUUGAUCCCCGGGAGGGCUACUGGACCAAGAUCGCAGACAUGAACCGGAGAAGAGGUUGUCAUUCGGUGGCAGCACUGAAGGGGAAGCUAUAUGCGAUUGGGGGUUACGAUGGGGAAGAGAUGGUUUCGAGCGUCGAAGCUUACGAGCCUCGCAUGUCCUCCUGGGCGAUGGUCGAGCCGAUGAAGGCUGUCAGGGGUUAUGCUGCGACGACUGUUCUUGGAGGUUCUAUAUAUGUGAUUGGUGGUGUCAAGGAUGGAAAGGUCAUCUUGGACACGGUGGAAUCCUACAGAGAGGAAAGCGGGUGGUGUGAGACGGGGCUGAAGGCGGUGGGGAGACGGUCCUUUUGCUCGGCCAUCGUGAUUUGAGCCUCAUCUCAUCGUCCAUGGUGUUCUCCUCUCCUUCCGGCUUUGUACAGGUCACCCCUCUGCGAACUAGAUAACAUGGAUCCUUCUACAGCUGACUUACUAUAGUGUCAUUAGAAGAUACAAUAGUUUUAGAACACAGAGCGAAGAAACAGCAGCAAAGGGCAUGCAGAAACAAAUUGGCAUAAGAAAGCAUCUCCUAAAUCUGCAGUACUCCUCUAAUCUGCAGAACAUUCCAGAAGACUUUGUAAACCCUUUUUCCAUAGAAUA